AUGAAAGAUUGCACUCCAGGGGGUAGACUGCGUUAUCCUGUCACAGCCACACUCUCGUAUGACACAGCUCCGGAUACCUUUGAGGGAAAGCCGAUUACAUUUCAUACGUUCAUAUUCAAAGGUUAUGAUCGCCGCCAAGACGGGUUCCGGCUCUACUUUCGAGAAAAAGACAAGGACGACUGGAGGCCAUAUGAACUUGGGGGGCUUUUUACGCACCACAUGUACAGAUUCUCUACUACCACUCCGAGAAAUGUUGGCCAUAACGACGGGGAUGAUUUCGUGGCCCUGAUGCCUGGUGAUUCGUGGUCAUUUACGCGGGAGGUGAGUGACUUCCCGAAAAAUAUUACGCCCGGUGAUAAAUUCCGGUACGGGUUCAAGGGAGCUUCAAUUGACUGGUGGGAUUGGGGAAAUCUUCAUGAUCAUCAAGAUACUGUGGUGUGGGUCAAUGGCAGUGUCUCUCUUCCGACAGAUAAUGGACGCCGGCCUGAACUUGUGGUGCCGGCUAGUAACUGGAUCGAGUUUACACUAAUUAAAUGA